AUGUGGCCACCUGACUACGCGAUUCGCAUCUCCUAUGAUCGUCCCACGACUGAUUUACGAAGAUACUUCGACGUGGAAGCACAUUCCGAUCUUGUGCUUCAAUGUGGCGAGGAUCGAAUCCAUGUGCAGAAGAAGAUACUCCAAACCUGGUCUGAGCAUUUCAAAGAGCUUUUGCAAAGCUCACCACAGGUUGGUGAAGGACCACUGAUCCUCGAAGGCGAUGAUCCAGCAACAAUGCGUGCGCUGAUCAAAUACAUGUAUGGAGUGCCUUACAUCGCACACUCUCCCUAUCAACAGCAUAACGAACCGACUUUUGUCGGAGAAUUUUUUAAUCCCGAGGAUGAAGACGCUAAGAAGCUCAACGAUCUCUAA